CCCGUAGUUGUUAUGGAAUUUUGUUGGACGGAUGGUGCUUUGUUAAUUGAUUUGGGGGAAGGAGGAUCAAAACGAAUCUUCGUUCCGUCGAUCCGACAACCACGUGAGCGUCAAUUACCGGUCGUUUUCUCCGCAUUAUAGGAAAAGUCGGGGAGGGAUCGCCUUGUUCGUAUCUGCUUUUGCGUUAUUCUUCAGGACCGCGAUUCCCUUGGUCUGCAGGUGGCCGUGUUCGUCAGGCCUUUCACCCUUGUCCGGGACCGAGCGACGUGGUGGAUAGGUUCAAUCAGUAGGGUAGGGUCGACUGGUUCCAUCAUAUCAUCAUGCUGCUCGGCUACUUUGCUUCUUUCAUGUCAUGCCAAAUGCCACCGCGUCGUGGUAAGUGUACCAGUACUGUGUGUCCGUGGUUGUGUUUUGGUGUCUUCUAGACGAAGAUGGUUCUCUGAUUCCUCUCUCCCGUGGUGUCUACAAAUACCAUCUGCCCAUGGUUGAUUCCAGACGGGAGACAGCAGUCCAGUGGUUCGCGUGUCAUUUGUUUUGGCUGAGUUACAGUGGAAAUCUUUGGUUGCAGAGUCAUCGUUGUCGCUGAAUCUUAGUUUGAUGGAAAGCCAUAAUUCAUCCCAUCCUCAGAUUACUGAAGUGAAAAUGGACAUCUCACCAUCAGCUUCUGGAGCAGCAGGGAACAAAAUCUGCAGAGGUGCUGCAUGUGAUUUCUCUGAUUCCAGUAACAGCUCAAAAGAUGCCAAGGAGAGAUCCGCAUCCAUGAGGAAGCUUAUAAUUGCUGUGAUCCUUUGUAUCAUAUUCAUGACAGUGGAAGUGGUUGGAGGCAUCAAAGCAAACAGUCUUGCAAUCUUAACUGAUGCAGCUCAUCUUCUUUCUGAUGUGGCAGCUUUUGCCAUAUCAUUAUUCUCUCUUUGGGCUGCUGGAUGGGAAGCAACACCACAACAGUCUUACGGGUUCUUUCGUAUUGAGAUUCUUGGUGCAUUGGUCUCCAUUCAGCUCAUAUGGCUGCUUGCUGGCAUACUCGUAUAUGAGGCUAUUGUAAGGCUCAUUAAUGAGAGUGGUGAGGUGCAGGGCUCCCUUAUGUUUGCUGUAUCAGCUUUCGGAUUGUUUGUCAACAUCAUAAUGGCUGUACUGCUAGGGCAUGACCAUGGACACGGCCAUGGCCACAGCCAUGGUCAUGGCCAUGGACAUUCGCAUGAUCAUAGCCAUGGUGAUUCAGAUGAUGACCAUUCACACCAUGAAGAACAAGAGCAGGGCCAUGUGCAUCGCCACGAGCACAGCCAUGGAAGUUCUAUUACUGUCACAACUCAUCACCACCACCACCCAAGCACUGGACAACAUCAUGAUGCUGAGGAACCAUUGCUUAAGCAUGAAGCCAGCUGUGAGGGUACCCAAUCUGCUGCCAAAUCUGCUAAGAAACCACGCCGCAAUAUCAAUGUACACAGUGCUUAUCUUCACGUGCUUGGAGAUUCGAUCCAGAGUGUUGGGGUAAUGAUUGGUGGGGCUAUCAUCUGGUACAAGCCUGAGUGGAAGAUCAUCGAUCUCAUCUGCACCCUCAUCUUCUCUGUGAUUGUACUGUUCACCACAAUCAGGAUGCUGCGCAACAUACUUGAAGUACUGAUGGAGAGCACUCCCCGUGAGAUUGAUGCCACCAGGCUCGAGAUGGGGCUCUGCGAGAUGGAUGGUGUGGUUGCUGUCCACGAGCUUCAUAUCUGGGCCAUCACAGUUGGGAAGGUGCUCCUAGCAUGCCAUGUGACAAUAGCAAGGGAAGCCGACGCUGAUCAGAUCCUUGACAAGGUGAUCGGAUACAUCAAGACAGAGUACAACAUCAGCCAUGUGACCAUUCAGAUCGAGCGCGAGUAGGGAUAUCUUUAGGCUGUCAGGGCAUAAAUGGUGUCUUCGCUGGUUAUCUUGUUCAUGUCAGUUAAUACUGCUUUUUGCACCGGGGAAGGCGUCAGCCAGUCAACCGAGCCAUAAUGUGCUCACAGGUUCAUCAGCUUUGAUGCUGGGUAAUAUCAUCUAUUACUAGUCUAUUAGGUGAAGGAAUUAUUCGGGCGGUGUAGUUGUUAGUCUGUGCAUUCACAUGAAUCAAAUUUUCGGACAUGUUAACGCCUUGUGGGUUCAUCGAACUGCAUCUCUAGUUUAGCACCCUGUGUCGUCAUCUUUAUGUAAGAUAAUGUUUCUGGCAUGAAAGAUAUGAAGUUAGUGAGUGGCCUAUGACCGUUUGUUUUGAGCUCUGCUUUGUUUGUUGCAAUUGAAUGGAGGGAGCCGGAAAGGCAUGCUCUCA